UCAGCCAGCAGACAGACUUGCAUUAACUGCAGACCAUUUCACCCUGUCACUCACGUUUGUCGAACCCGUACUGGUACAACGAAUCGCGACGAUGGAUUUUGCUGACCGGGAGGAGGGAUGGUUGGUCGGUCGUGGUAGUCAUCGAAUUUAGGGCUGGAAGUUCAACUCAUGUGUAAUUAUCUUGGCUAGCAGAACUCGCUUUUGGUCUUUCUCAAGCCCACAUUGUGACAUUGUGGUUUCAAUGAUGGAGCAGGACGAUUUAGUCUGCGUGUAUGAUUCGACGUGGGACACAGAGAGUGAUGGAGACGAUCCAGGAGAGAACCAAACGCGUCGCUCAAGCCAGGACAAAACUAAAUCAUGGACAUCUGGUUUAUGGUCAAACACGUUCUCCAGGAACAUGAGGGCUGCGAAGGACAUGCAGAACUACAGAAAAGGUUAUCCUAAUCUAGCAGAUGACGAAUGCUCAGAAGAGAGAAUGUUCAAUUUAAAAUUCUAUCUCAACGAAUACCCCUCCUCCCCUGACGACAUUUUAAUAGAAUCUUUUCAUAAAGAAUGGAAGACGGACUAUAAGAGGCUGGAGAGAGUUCACUCCUACAUUCAGUGGUUGUUUCCACUGCGGGAGCCAGGAGUGAACUACAUGGCCUCUGAGCUCACCAAGAAGGAGAUCCUGGCCUUCAGGGAGAGCGAGGAGGCCAAGAAGAGGCUGGUGGAGUCCUACGAGCUCAUGCUGGGGUUCUAUGGUAUCCAGCUGGUUAACAAAGACACAGGUGAGGUCAAACGCGCCGAGAACUGGAGAGAACGCUUCGCCAACCUUGAAAGGAACAUGCACAACAACCUCCGCAUUACGCGCAUCCUGAAGAGCCUGGGGGAGCUAGGCUUUCAGCACUACCAGAGUCCGCUGGUGCGCUUCUUCCUGGAGGAGACGCUGGUCAAAAGGAACCUGAGCAGUGUCAAGCGCAGCGUGCUCGACUACUUCCUGUUUGCCAUUCGUGACAAGCAGAAGCGCAAAGAGCUUCUGCGCUACGCUUUCCAGCACUUUGAGCCCAAGGAAAAGUUUGUAUGGUGCCCCAGAAAGAUCCAGAAACAGCUGAAGAAGGCGGAGAAGGGGAACGGAGAGGGAGCGGAGGAAGGCCGCACACGAGCCAAGGCUAGAGAGGGAGAGGCAGUGGGAGCCCAGAAGGAGAAGGGUGUCACGGAGGAAGUGAAGGAGACUGCCAAGUUGAAUGAUGAAGCAUUGAGUAGUGAUGGAGAUAAGCAGGCUGAGGGUUUUUCUGUUAAUCCUUCGGGGCCAGCGAUCUCCUCAGAGGACUCAGAAUCACUGGGAAACGGGAACAGUAAUGAUCUUGACAUGGACCAUUCAGGCAGCCCAGACCCUGAGUCUGUUAAAGGAGAUCACAGUAUGGAGGAAGGACUCAAAGAGGAUAGUCAAGCCAAGGACAGCGUCCAGGACUCAGUCAAAGUCAAGGCAGCUGCAUCUGAAAUGAAGUCUGAGAAUUUGGCACAACCGACUAAGAAGAAAAGGGAAGGUGACAAGGUGGUGCCACGCAACGGUCCUACAGAGAACUGCCCCAACGGGUGGGAGAAAGGCACGGUCGUCCCCAACGACAACCACCCACAUCAGACGAGCCCAUCAGCGGCAUCAUCCCACAAAGCCAAGACUGAGGAUCCCAAAAAGGAUUCGCCGAAAAAGGACAUCUCAGAACGAGGUGAAAAAUACCCAAGGACUGACUUUAGUGAUGUGUCUGAUAACAAAGCAGUGCCAGUGGGUGGGGAGAACACAAAGAAAGCUGGAGAGGACCAGACAAAUGGGAAAGAGGUGAAAAAUGAAGUGGAGCCGAUGGAUGUGGAAUCCAACUCCCAGCCAAGUUCAGGGAACUUCAGGGACAUGGGAACUUCCUGAAUAUACGGAGGGAGGAAUCAUUUGCAGACUAAAGGGACAUAUGUUAAAUUGUGUACACUUAUGGCCAAUCCCAAAUCGACCCUGAGACCCUAUCCCCUAGGCACUUCAUGUGGAUAUGAAAGGCCCAGAAAAAAUAUAUAAGUCAUAUGGUAAUAGCUCAUCCUUGCCGUCUGAUACUGUAGGUUAGAUGGAAUUCUCGCCAUAUUGCUUACACUUCUCCAAUCCUCAGAAUGGCAUAAAUUCUGAGUUCUACAGAAGCUCCUAGGAGGAAGGGGCUGGGUGGUUUCUGGGCAGGGCUUUAACAGAAAAAUAGUUUUCAGGCCUUAUUAUAUUCUGCUGUCCUCCAUGUUCACAUUAGAGUGGGUUUGUUCUUUUUGUUGGUAAGGAUGUAUGCAUUACUGAAUUGAUUUGUUCUAAUGAAAUUGUGUUGUGACAGGGAACGGGGAUUCUGACUGCAAUCAGUUCUCCAUAGUUGAUCCUGCAACUGCAAGUAGUUGGAUACUUUGAACUGAGGAGGAUGUAAGGAUAGUCUGUAAUUACAGUUCACAUUGAAAAGAUGAAUUCCAUCUCAUACAAUGAACUGAUGCCUGCUUGUUACAACAUUCUUUUUAAAUACACCGCUCCGUUCAAAAACUGAAUACAGUUUGAAUAGUAAUUUUGCACACAAAUUGAAAUGUACUUUGUAUCUAGUAUUAUCUGUCAGUGUUGCGACUGCAUUGUGUAUUAUAUUUUAUUGAAAGCCCCUAUGAAAUGGCAACAGGAUUGUAAUGUCAUUUGUUUAUUUCAAGAAUUUUGCACUUUUUUUUGUUGUUGCGGAAUGAGAGAUAUAGAUGACAUUGCCAAAAAAAGAAAAAUAACAUUUAACUGUUUGAUUGUAUUCUGUCUUGGAAGUUUUGAAAUAAUACGAUAUGUACCUCUUUGGUUGAACUCCUUUGGCUUUGCUGUAAGGACGACAUAGUAAGUGUAAUCAAUAGAAUGUGGGUGUUUUCUUAUGUUCCAAGCAGGGAGGCUAUUGUUAUUUAUUUUAUUAUUUUUAUUCCAAAUUAUUGUAUGGUUAUACAAAGGCCCGAUCCCCUUCGACUCGUUUAUUGAAUUGCAAAUCUCAGGAAAACCCUGUGGGAGAUAGUCAACGUUUCUUCCAUUUCUGAGGUUGUGUUUGGGUAAGCUUUGUUUUCCACCCGUGUGGAGAUUUCAUCACGAAUGUCUAUUUUACAAUUUUCAGCAAAUGAAUUAAUAUAUUCAUCAUACGUGUAUUGAAAUUGUGUGUAAAAGGGUUGUAAAUACACUCCACUUUGGUGGGGUGAUGAAUGGAAUUUGAAAAUCCUUUGUCCAUGCAACUUACAAACUUGACCCCUUUCCUGUUACAUGACAAUAAAAUAAAGAUUGUGCAAGUUAUUUACAUUU